UCUGCGGCAAGCAUCAAGCUGCGUGCGGCGCUCUGUGAGAGCAGCAGAGACAGACCGCACACAUCCAUCCAUCAAUCCACCCUACCUAACAGCGUUUAUCGCUAUCUGGGGUCUGUGCUGCGAUGUUGAUCCUGGACGUUUUCUCACCGCUCCUCCUCCUCUCCAUCCUGUUGCCGCGCUACGGUUGCCGGGUGGCGGAGAUUCCAGAGGACACUACAUCAGAGUUCUCGGUCAGACUGUACCAUCGGCUGCAGACAGCGGGGGAUCAGGAUAACAUUAUUUUCUCCCCGCUGAGCGUGGCUGUGGCCCUGGGCAUGGUGGAGCUGGGAGCCAGAGGGGCCUCACUAGAAGAGAUACGACAGGCUGUAGGAUUCAGCCACCUGCUGCCAGGCGUUGAAUUCUCUUUGCUCCAGAACUUGACAGCAGCGCUGUCGGACGAUGACACCCACUAUGUUAUCCGAUUUGCCAACAGCCUCUUCCUGCAGGAAGGCGUCACCUUUAACCUUGAGUUUCUGCAUCUGAUGAGGAAGUACUUCCGGGCUGACGUGGAAACAGUAGACUUCAGCGAGUCAGCAGCCGUAGCCGAGCAGAUCAACAGCUGGGUGGAAAAUCAUACUGAGAGUAAGAUCCGUGAGCUGCUAUCAGCCGAGGACUUUAGCAGCGUGACCCGCCUGACCCUUGUGAACGCUGUCUACUUCAGAGGCUCUUGGAAAAACCAGUUCAGGCCAGAAAACACCAGAACCUUCUCCUUCAGCAGAGACGACGGCUCUGAAGUCCAGACACUCAUGAUGUACCAGCAGGGAGACUUCUACUAUGGCGAAUUCAGCGAUGGCUCACAGGAAGCUGGCGGUGUGUACCAGGUGUUGGAGAUGCCCUAUGAGGGCGAGGAUAUGUCCAUGUUGAUUGUUCUGCCUCGGCAGGAGGUGCCACUGGCUUCCCUGGAGCCCAUCAUCAAAGCACCACUGCUGGAGGAGUGGGCUAAUAAUGUCAAACGACAGAAGGUGGAAGUCUACCUACCUAGGUUUAAAGUGGAGCAGAAGAUCGACCUGAGGAGCACUCUGCAUGAGCUAGGAAUAAAGAACAUUUUCACCAACGAUGCUGAUCUCUCAGCAAUGACAGAUGGUAAGGACCUGUACAUUGGGAAGGCGGUGCAGAAGGCUUACCUGGAGGUGACUGAAGAGGGGGCAGAAGGAGCCGUUGGGUCAGGAAUGAUCGCCCUGACCAGGACUCUAGUGCUGUACCCACAGGUCAUGGCUGAUCACCCAUUCUUCUUUGUCAUUAGAAACCGGAGGACAGGGUCCAUCCUCUUCAUGGGCAGGGUCAUGACCCCUGAAGUCAUCGAGCCCAAUGACCAUGACUUUGACUCCAUGUAACCACGGUGUGAGGUCCCUCAAUCUCAGCCUAUUGGAUCCUGACGUCAUAAACACUACCUAUUCUCUAUUGCCAUCUUCAGCUGUGUUUUAUACUCUUAAAAGAAAUAUAUACAAACUGAAUAUUAUACAAUAUAUUAUAUAUUGAAAUAUUACAUACAACAUCUAGCGUGACUGUGUUUUGAUACUGAAAGCUUUAAUCUCUUGGAUACAGACAUGCAGAAAGAGGAAAGUAU